UGUAUCUAAGAUUGAGUUUAGAUGAGAGGAAUCCACGUGCUAAUAGUGAAAUACCAAUGUGUAUGUCUGUAUCUAUUUAUAUUCCAUCAAUACAAGAUACAAUGUUUCAAAACCAAGUCUUAACUGCCAAUUGGAAGGACAUGCGAUAUCAAAUAUGGUAACAACCUCGGUAUGGAUUAUUCUUGUUCAACUUUGUUCUUUAGAAGCACCAACUGUUUCCCUCGGGAAUAAUGUAUGUAUGUUGGCAAAUAGAACCAGAGUCUGUUGUAGUGGGUAUUAUGAAGAAAAUGAUGAUUGUCAUGAAUGUAUCGGAUCAUCGGGAGUUAAUUGUACCACUCCGUGCCCCCCCGACUGGUUUGGACCACAAUGUCACAUCCGAUGUCAAUGUUCGUCUAUCAAGUGUGAUGUCAUUUAUGGUUGUGCUGAAGGAACUACAGAAUCUGAAAAUGGAACUGUCUCACUUGAUAUCAACAUCCCGAAAUAUCCGGUCUCAGAUGUUCCAAGCAGUGGAGGUAACAAAUUACUAAACUUCACUCAAAAGCACUGGGUCGUCAUCGUUGUGGUUGUUAUUCUGGUGUUACUGGUCAUCGUAUGUAGUGUUGCUGCUGUCAGAAGUAGAAAUAAGGGGAAAAAACAACAAACGCAUACAAGCUACAUAAACCAUUCCUUGCCGGAGACAAACGACUACAACUACCAAAACUUAACUCCGUAUGCGUCAACAGAGUUUCUUAGCGUGUCCUUCCAGUCAAAGCCCAUGGAUUACAUCAAUCUGCACAUUUGAAGCAAUCUCCUGAUCCAUGAAGACAAGUUCUUUUUUCCAAAAGAUAUUGACGACAUGUGAAUUGCAAACAAAUCGACCACAUAAAGACAAUUAUAUCAUUAUCAAUCAAUUAUUAUUCGCAAGAAAUUAUUUCUGUGUGAUGAUUUUAUCGUAACUAUUUUUUUUCACGAAUCUUUGAAAUGUUACUACUGUACGGAGAACUAUAAGAAUUGCCUGUCAUCUUUUGUAUUACCAGUCACUCUGCAAACUAAUCAAUAAAAAGGUGAAGAAAACGAACAGAGAUCAAUUUCAUAACCCCAGUAAAGAAUUCAAUAUUAAGAUUAGGGAAAACACGGACCCUUGGACAUAUAGGAGUGAGAUCAGGAGAGUAAGUAUCCCUUGUUGACCGGUCACACCCGCCGCGACUCAUAUAUCAUGAUAAGGUAAACGGAGCAAUCCGUAGUCAAAAUCAGUGUGUAAAGAACAGCUUAACAAUUGGUAUGAAAUACAUCAGACAGCAUUUGACCCAUUGAAGAUCGUUAUAAGGAUUAGAAUUUGCGUCAGGCAUCAUUUGCCCUAAUGACAGGUUGUAUUGGUUGAUUAAAGUAGAUCGUUAUAACAACCAUAGGAUUUGCGAAAUGCUGACUUUAAACGAGAGAGUUGAAAUCUCUGUAAUCAACUUAUUUGUCAGCAGCCUGCCUCGAUUAUAAAACUGAUCACACUCAGAACAAGCUAUUUCGCAUCGAAUCAGUUGAGAAACAGUCUCGUUUAAAUCAGCAUUUCGCAAAUUCCAUGGUCGUUAUGCGAUAUAGUUUGUCAAUACAACCUAUCUUUCGGCCAAAUACCGUCUGACGUGUUUCAUGCCGAUUGUUAGGCCGUUCCUGGCACACUGAUUUUGACUACGGAGAACUCCGUUUACCUGAUAAAGACAUGGGGCUCACAACGGGUGUGACUGGUCGGCAGGAGAUGCUUACUCCUCCUAGGCACCUGAUCCCACCUCUGGUAUAUCCAAGGGUCCGUGUUUGUCCAACUCUCUAUUUUGUAUCGCUUAUAGGAGUAAUGAGAUUGAUCACUGUUCGUUAUCUUCACCUUUCAUUAACAUCAUAAACAGGUGAUAAUGGGAUAUUUCUAUAUAGAUAUGGGAAAUUGACGAUGGAGAAGCCAAGUCAUCCCCUUUGUCAUAAGUUUAAGUUAGUUUCCAUUUAAUAUGUGUGUCAUCUAUGUUUAAUGAAAUACCUUAGUAUGAAGCAGAUGUGAAAGACUGAUGUUUUUCUAUUUCAAGUUCACUGGAAUAUAUCGACACAUGAAUGAAAAUGAUUAUUUUUAAUAGAUGUCGAGUUGAAGGCCACAGCAAGAGAUUUUCUCUUCUCAUGUAGAGAUUUUUCAAUACAUUUUGCCUCGUUAGAACAUAUAGAAAUCAGCUAAUUAAGGAACACAAUUCGUGCUCAUGGGAGUUCCAACAGACUAUUGUAAGGCCUGAUUACCGAAAACUACGUUGAUAUUGUCAAUGCGGAACUCUAGCAUCUUUUUAAUAGGAAUUUCAGUGCUUGUGUGUAGAAUAGGAGAUGUGUUUAACACAUUUAUUUAGCACAUGUCUAUGGUGUCAAAAAGUUUAGUCUUUUGUUUAUCGUGAGGGAAGCCAUGCAUUUUGAUGUUGAUUUGAGAAAGAUUUUGAUUUCAAAUUUCUUAAAAGUUCUUUAGAAUUUAUAAAAAGUUGUUUAGAA